CAAGGUGGUGUGGUGGUGGCGGCAGUUUGAUGUGGAGAAAUAGUCAUAAAGAAAUUUGAGCCUUCCAUUACCAUGGGUGCUGUCGCAUACUGUAAUGACACUCAUUGCUGUUGUUGCCGUUGAUUUCGUUGGUCGGCCUGAGAAGAGUUAGAUCUAGAAAUGGAUUGAUUGUAAUUAAAUUAAGAAAAUAAUAAUGGAAUGAAUAUGAGUCUUUACAGAGAAUGAUUGGGAGAGGGAGAAAGAGAAGGCAGGGGAUCACCCCCCUCAUCAUCAUCUCCCCUUACCUAUAACAAAACAUCCACUGUCGUCUUAUUACCAUCAGACAAACAUUAUUUUCUGACGAUAAAACCCAUUUUUCAGUUCUCACUAUCUUCGUCAUAAUCUCUGACGAGAUAAAAUACUAACCCAAAUGCUUCUCCAAGUUCAAUCUUUGACAUCACCCCAUUUCCUGCCUCCUUUAAUUGCCUUCAAAACCAUCGCCAAACCCCAAUUCAUCCAUUUCAACCAAACCCCACCUCGCAAAUUCUCUCUCAACUGCUCGCUCUCCGUGGUUUCCGACGCGACGGCAGUAAGUACCCUAGUGGGCGUUUCAAACGAUAAGCCGUUUCCUGCUGAGAUGUCCAGGACCAUCAUGGAGUUGUCGUCCGUUGGCACUCUCUCAGUGUUGACUUCUAACGGCUGGCCUUUGGGCGUUGGUGUGAGAUUCACCGUUGACAAUGAAGGGACUCCGGUUUUGUGCUUGAACCAAUUUUGUAAAGAGCUUAGUGUUGAUAAGAAUUCCAGUCUUCAUGUUCAGUUGGGGCAGUGUGGAUUGAGGACUCCACAGUGCACAAUUCAAGGAAGCCUUGACAAACCAAAAGAUUUAAACAUUUUGAAGCGGCUUCAUGCAUUGUGGAAAAAGCAGUUUGGAGAAGAAGUUGAUGAGAACCUUAUACAUGUCAUUGCUGUGGAAAGGGUACUUCAGAUGGAAGACUUCCAGGAGGAUGGCAUUUGGAUCUCUUCUUCAGAUUAUACAAAUGCUAGCCCGGAUCCACUUAGAGAUUUUGCAGAAAAACUUGUCACUGAGAUUAAUGCCAAUAAUAUUGAAGAUGUUUAUCGCUUUUGCAAUGUAUAUGUUGAUCUGGACUUUCAGGUGUCAGAAGCAAAGAUGAUAUGGGUUGAUCGGUUAGGUUUUGACAUACGUCUCUGCUCAACUCAAAACAAUAUAUUUGAUGUCCGCAUUCCUUUCCCUCACGAAGUGACCAAUGAGAAGGGCGUGAAGUCCUCACUUAAUUGCAUGUCACAACAAGCUUGGGAGGUGGAAAAAAAUUAUCAAGCCCCAGAUUUUAAGGUGAAACAAUUGAAGCAAAUUACAUAGAGGAGAUUGUGAUGGACUGUUUUUUUUCUUGUAAUGCUGCCAUAGUAUUUGAGGCCCAAGAAAAUAUUUCCUGGUUGAGUUCUCAUCGGUUAGGUGUUGCUACUUUAACACCAAAUUCUUAUUAUAUAUAUUAUUCCUUACAGCUA